AUGUUCUUCAAGGGUUUUGUCCCUGAGAAGUUCACCUGCGUCAGGGGCUGUGGCAGGGCCACUGUGGUCCGCAAUGGCUGGUACUCGAAGCUGGUGAGGGCCCUGGGGCUUCACAGACCCCUCUUCAUUCUCUCCCAGGAUUACCGCUGCAAGGACUGCCAUGCAAAACCUGAUGGCAAGGGGGGCUAUGGCAGCACUCUGUAUUUAGCACACAGCUCUGAGAUCCGCAAUCAGUUGCGCCCAUUCAUCAAGGACCAGCUGCCCAUCGACUUCACAGAGACAGGCGUGCCUGUGGAGCGAUCGCUGCAGGAUCUCAUCCACUUUCUGGCUCCAGAAGCCGUCGGUUUUCCUCGCAUUGCACGCCUGGUGAAGGAGUUGCAUGUGUUGGCAGAGAAACGGCGAGAGCUUGUUUAUUAUGAGUACCAGCGCGAGUUGAAGGCAAAGCGGGCUGAGGCGGAAGCAGAGCGCCAGAUUGGUAUAGGCAGGUUCUUUGGUGGCACAGCUGGUGGCGGGGCAGGGAUUGAGCAGCCGGUUCAAAGCUGGGCCAUGGGGAAGCGAGUUCCAGAUUGGAUUGCUGGUCCAGCGCUCCUGUCAUCGGUCUUCUUGCAGCAGGCUGCCGCAAAUAUACCCACAUACAACAGGCAGAUGGCGCUUGUGAAAGGCGAGUGUGUUGGGGUCGACCACUGCCACAAACUGAUGCGGAGGAUCAGAGGCGUGGAGGGGCAGCGCGUUUUGGAGGCCACCCUCACCAUGAUGACGGAGACUGGAGAAGUUGCUACCAGCCUGUGGACGCACAGUACGUCCCUUGAGGUUGUUAAAGACAAUCUCCGGCAAAUCUACGAGCGGAUGGCAUCGGCAGGUCGCGCGCCCCGCGUGCUGUUCUGCGACUGGCCCGAGGUGAUGGGCCCCUUUUUCAUGGGCAUCUGGCCCGGGCUGGAGGCGUACCUUAUGGACAUCCUGCACGCUAUUAUGCGUGUGACCAAGCGCAUCCCUGAAGAUCAUCCUUUCAGAGGUUGGUUGCAAGGGAAGCUGAGCGACGCGAUCUUCGUCAAAAACCAAGCUGACAUGGUGGGAAUUAUGAAGGAGCUUGACCAGAAGGGGAAGACACUUUCAGACAAGUCCGGGAAGAACGCACUGCGGAGAUGCCGCAAGGCAGUACCACCCCCUGAGGUCUUGCUUGCGCGGCUUGAGGCGGUUGGAGACGAGGCGUCGUCCAAGGUCAACCCCCUCACUUCGGAGCCCCUUCUUGGGUUCGACGCUCAACGAGCGUUUCAGGGUCUACUUGACCAAGCGCGGCUUGGUUUGUUGAGCGAUCCGCCAAAUAUGGAGAUGUACUAUCUCAAGCCUGCGCGCGGUGCAAACGCCCGCCCCCAGUAUGCGUGCAAACGGGUGGGCUCAAGACUGGAAGGCUUCCACGUGCACUUUCAGGCGAUCCUGAAGAACUACAACAUCAGUGCUGAGCUGGCGUAG